CAUUCACUGCCAUUAAAGCUAGCUGCUGAUAUCUGUGAGCAUAAAAAAGCCAGUCAAAAUGCAAACGCCUCUGUUCAAUAUCGCAGUAUUUUCUUCCUUGCAGGUCUUGCUGUCCUUGUCGUACUUUAAAGGGGUCGUCCAAGCCGCCAGCAGCAGAGGGUUCGGAGAUAACAUCAACUGGAGGACACUGGAAGACGGCAAAAAUGAAGCCGAGGCCAGCGGGCUGCCGAUCAUGGUCAUCGUCCACAAGAGCUGGUGUGGAGCCUGCAAAUCACUGAAGCCCAAAUUUGCUGAGUCCAAGGAAAUCUCCGAGCUGGCACACAACUUUGUGAUGGUCAACCUGGAGGACGAGGAGGAGCCCAAGGAUGACGCCUUCAGUCCCGACGGUGGAUACAUUCCUCGGAUUCUUUUCCUCGAUCCCAGCGGUAAAGUCCACCCUGAAUUCACCAACAAAAACGGAAAUCCCAACUACAAAUACUUCUACAGCAGCGCAGAACAAGUCCUUUCCAGUAUGAGGGAGGCGCAGGAGAAGCUGACGGGCGACGCCUUCAAGGUGGGUCACACCGGAGACGAGCUGUGAGGAGGCAGCGACGGGCGUCAGGCUGUAAAGGGCUACACUUCGUCUACCUGAGCCUGUGCUUCAGAGCGCCCGUAACGCCCCCCCCUUCUCCCUCACCCUCCACUUCCUUACCCCUCAGAAACAACAACCCCGUUUAAACUAUUUAUAGUCAUACUGAAGACAGCCAGGUCCGUCUCAUUGACCAAACCAAGCCAACCAGUAAAAAGAUGUCGGUGCUUGAGUCUUUUUUUUUUUUUUUUUUUUGUCUUGUACGAUUUUCCAAACACUUCUACACUCAUACACUGUUCAGACUUCUCCUGUCUUUUAUUAUUACAUCAUGUAUAUUUGUAAUCUACUGUUGUCGAUGCCAUUUACUGUACUUUGUAUCUGUAGAGGAUUUAAACAAGUUAGCCAAGUAAACUUACUGCAGUAUUGAUGAACUCUCACCUGCACACACACUGCUGCUGCUGCUGUUGUUGUUGGAUGGAAACCCAACACCUGCAAAAAUGCCAAAUUUUAAAAGACCUAAAUAAAUAAAUAAAAAUGCCUUGUUUGUCACUGGAUCGUCACAAACUUCUAGUGAUUUUUAGAUUUUUGUGAAGUUUCACAAACACAUUUUUCCCGUUUCCAGCCAACAGCAAUGAUCUAGUACUUAAUACUGGUCCAGAUGAGUAUUUAAACAUCUCCUGUAAUGUGCUUCCAAAGAUCCUCUACAGUACGUUAGCUAUCUGUGACAAUAUCAGCUCUGUACGUCUGAUUUAUAUUAUCCACUCUUUAAAAAUAAUCCUAUUCAUUUAAUCCUGCCAAUAUCUCAGUACUUAUUUAGCUAUGUAUCGUUUCUUUUGUUUUUUUCUGUUUGGUUUGUUUUUUGCUGCUCAUGAGGUCCACACCACUCAGUUCAUUAAUACAAAAAAACUCUUUGAACAAGGGAUGAAAACUUUGGUUCAGUGUGUUGAUGUAUUUUAUACAUGUGCACAACCAAGUGUGCAAAUAAAGUUUGUAUUGAGUAGCUUGUGAAGUCGUUUCAUUCAUGUGAGUUAAAUGCAUUC